AUGGUGGCCCUGCUCGCCGUCCACCACCUCGGCUUCUCCGAUGCCACCAUCUGCCAUCUCUGUUCUACUUCCGAACUGCCGGAAGGCGAUCGCAACGAUCUCAAACAUCGUGGGGCCGCGGUGCCAUCGCCCCACCCCGACUGCGGAAACCCCGGCAAGGAUGUGCCGACCUGUGAGGAGGCGGGCAAGCCGGGCAAAUGCAUGGCCAUGAUAGUCAAUGAAAACGGCCAGACGAUGCUGAUGAGGCUGUGCCCCGGCGGUGGCAAGUUUAAGGCGGUCCACGAGGCUAAAAAAGGAGCGGAGCUGUGGGCUGCGGUAUGCGACACGGAUCUGUGCAACAACUGGGAUGCGGCCGGGAUCAAGGCGAAGGCGUCCACCUCGUCCAUCUCGUACCUCAUCGCCAUCACCAUCGUCGUCGCCAAGUUCAUCGCCAUGCAC